GGAGCAUAAGAAACUAGCCGUUGCAGCUUGCCACUACUAACGACCUCUUCCUCUCCUCAACGUUCGAAUUCCACAAACGCAUUUUUUUUUCCUCGCGCUUUAUAACCCUGCUCCUCCUUCGCUCUCUCUUCUAUCCUCACCGGCGUGCGAUUGAAUUCGGCUGAGAAAAGUGCAGUAAUGGCUAGUCCAGCAAAGAGAUACCCAGCCCCCAGAUGCCAACUGCCGGGAUUCAGGAAGCUCUCAACUCAAGGCCGAAGACCGUUGUUGAAGCCUCGCGAAACAAAGAAGCUCGCGAAGGGGAUCGAAUUGUCCCCAAAGGGCGCUUGUUUUUUCACUCCGGAGAAGAAGAAGAGUUCUGCAACUCUUGAAAAGGGGGAAUUGGAAACAGGAGGUGCGGGUUUGGAGGAUAAGGAGUUGGCGGGGAGGUCGAAAGCGAAUGCUUUAAGGCGAUCCAUACUGGAAGAGGCGAUGAACAGCCUGCCUGCGCAUGGGGCAGGGCGCGUCAUGUACAUAGUCAAGACUUUCGAUUGGCUUCAGUCGAUUCCAACGGAAGCAGAGGAAGAAGAGGAAAAGAGAAAGGUGAAGAAUUGGGCAUUGCCCGGGUUGGAGUUUCGUCCCAAGGCCAAGUUGAGUGAUCUAUCACCUUUGCCUGUAUCAUGUUCGGCAGAAUGGAUAGCUGAAGAACGAGGUUCAGCAGAGCACUCAUUGGUGAAGAACAAGGAUAAAAGAGCAAGCAGUGGAACCCAUGAAUCUGGUGAACGGCAAAGGAGCAACCAAAAUAGCAAGGCUUCAUCAAAAAGAAGCAGGAACACUAGACCUAAAGUGGAAAGUCCACCGCCUUCCAAAUUAAGGACAAGGUUUCCAACUGCAAAAGCUUCCUUGAGCAAAUCAAAAUGGAAAAAGAAAGACACCUGAA